AUGUCGAGCUCCUUGCCAGAGGAUAUCAUAGAGGAGAACAUACUCAUAAGGUUACCUGUCAAAUCUAUUUCAAGAUUCAGUAAUUGUAUGCCUGCACUUCUAGGUUCUUCUAAUGGUUUGGUUCUCAUGGACCCAAUGACAUCUGAUGAAAAUACGUGCAUUUGGAACCCAGCUACCGGAGAAUAUAAACGACUUCCAGAAUAUUUAGACCCCCUUGACUCUGUUGCACAUGGAUUUGGUUUUGAUUGCAAGAAUGAUGAUUAUAAGGUAGUAAGAAUUAGCUGUACUGAUCCUAAUGGAGAAGUUUUGGAUGCGGGUGUUUACUCAUUAGCUUCAAAUUCAUGGAAGAAUCUUGGUAUUGUUCCUUAUGAUCACUUCCCUCGUGGUACAAAUAAUGGGGUUCUACUUAAUGGUGUUAUUCAUUGGAUUGCGGCUGUAACCGUAUCUAGAGUUCUUGUUUGUUUUGAUGUUUCUGAUGAGAUGUUCCGUGAUGUGCCAUUACCUUACAACAGUUCAGAUGAGGACGAGGCCCCUUCCAUUUUUGAUUUGGGCGUUUGGGAAGGGAAACUUUGUCUAUUUCAAAAGAAUCACACCGAGGAUCCUGACAUUUGUACGCAUCAAAAUGAUCACGUCGAUGUGUGGACGAUGAUGGAUAACAAGUGGAGUAAGCAUAUAAAGAUUACUGCACGUAUGACAGACAUGUACUAUGGAAGGCCAAUUCAAACUCUACAAAAUGGUGAGAUUCUUAUUGAAGGCGGACUAAGGGAGGAAGAAGAUAGCAUUGAUCUGAUUUCUUAUGACCCCAAGCUUGAAAGAGUUAGAGAUCUGAAGAUACAUGGUUUCGUGGGCGUCUCUGAGGUGGAUACUUAUAUUGAAACCUUAGUACCUCUAAACUCUGGUACUUAUGUUAAUAAGAUACUGAUACUGACGGACGAUGGGGAUCUGGAUUUAUGA